CAGAUCAGCGAGGAGGUGGCCCGGGAGAACUGCCGCCUGAACAUCGUGGGGCUGGUGGGCUCCAUCGACAACGACUUCUGCGGCACCGACAUGACCAUCGGCACCGACUCGGCCCUGCACCGCAUCAUGGAGGGGAUCGACGCCACCCCCACCCCCGCCCGCAGCCACCAACGGACCUUCGUGCUGGAGGUGAUGGGCCGCCACUGCGGGUACCUGGCGCUGGUGUCCGGCCUGGCCUCAGGUGCUGACUGGCUCUUCAUCCCCGAGUCCCCUCCGGAGGAUGGCUGGGAAGACAUGAUGUGCGAGAGGCUGGGGGAGACGCGCAGCAGAGGGUCGCGGCUCAACAUCAUCAUCAUCGCCGAGGGCGCCAUCGACCGCAGCGGCAAACCCAUCACCUCCAACUAUGUCAAGGAGCUGGUGGUGAAACGCUUGGGCUUCGACACACGGGUCACCGUCCUCGGCCACGUGCAGCGCGGAGGGACCCCCUCAGCUUUUGACCGUGUGCUGAGCAGCAAGAUGGGGAUGGAGGCGGUGAUGGCCCUGUUGGAGGCCACACCAGACACCCCUGCCUGCGUGGUGAGCCUCUCGGGGAACCAGUCGUCGGUGCGGCUGCCCCUCAUGGAGUGCGUCCAGGUGACAAAGGACGUGCAGAAGGCCAUGGAUGAGAAGAGGUUUGAGGAGGCCAUCCAGCUCCGCGGGAGGAGCUUCGAGAACAACUGGAACAUCUACAAGCUGCUGGCCCACCAGAAACCGGCGCAGGAGAAGAGCCCCUUCAGCCUGGCCAUCCUGAACGUGGGGGCCCCUGCUGCUGGCAUGAACGCGGCCGUCAGGUCGGCCGUGCGCAUCGGCAUCUGCCAGGGACACACCGUCUACGUGGUGAGCGACGGCUUCGAGGGCUUGUCCAAGGGGCAGAUCCGUGAGGUGGGCUGGCACGACGUGGCGGGCUGGCUGGGACGUGGCGGGUCCAUGCUGGGGACCAAGAGGACACUGCCCAAAACCUGCAUGGAAAAGAUCGUGGAGAACGUGCGGAAGUUCAACAUUCAGGCGCUGCUGGUCAUCGGGGGCUUCGAGGCGUACGAGGGGGUGCUGCAGCUGGUGGAGGCCCGCGGGCAGUACGAGGAGCUCUGCAUCAUCAUGUGUGUCAUCCCUGCCACCAUCAGCAACAACGUGCCCGGGACUGACUUCAGCCUGGGCUCAGACACAGCCGUCAACGCAGCCAUGGAGAGCUGUGACCGCAUCAAGCAGUCGGCCUCGGGCACCAAGCGCCGGGUCUUCAUCGUGGAGACCAUGGGGGGCUACUGUGGGUACUUGUCAACCGUCACCGGCAUCGCGGUGGGCGCCGACGCCGCCUACGUCUAUGAAGAUCCCUUCACCAUCCAUGACCUGAAGGCCAACGUGGAGCAUUUGACGGAUAAAAUGAAGACGGAUAUCCAGAGAGGGCUGGUCCUGCGCAACGAGAAGUGCCACGAGCACUACACCACCGAGUUCCUCUACAAUCUCUACUCCUCCGAGGGCAAAGGCAUCUUCGACUGCAGGAUCAACGUCCUGGGCCACCUCCAGCAGGGGGGAGCCCCCACCCCCUUUGACCGCAACUACGGGACGAAGCUGGGGGUGAAGGCAGUGCUGUGGAUGUCGGAGAAGCUGCAGGUCGCCUAUCGCAAGGGGCGAGUCUUUGCCAACUCGGGGGACUCUGCCUGCGUGAUCGGUCUCAGGAAGAAGGUGGUGGCCUUCAGCCCCGUGACAGAGCUCAAGAAAGUCACCGACUUUGAGCACAGGCUGCCCCAGGAGCAGUGGUGGCUGACCCUGCGGCUGAUGCUGAAGAUGCUGGCCAACUACCAGAUCAGCCUGACCGAGUACAUCUCUGGGAAGAUGGAGCACGUCACGCGCCGCACCCUCAGCAUCGAGAAGGGCUUCUAG